AAACACACUUCUCGAGUGGCUGACUCAUUGGUUCCUCGAUCGUGCAUUUCGAUGGCUAGGAUUAAAUAGUCAUUAAAUAUAGUGGUCGAUAGACGACGCGUUGCUGAGAGAUCGAGGUUACCUUGCGUUGCAAUUCACCCCCUGCUCUUCCUCCUCCUUCUACCAUUAGUCGUGCCGUUCCGUCAAGGCACGUUCUUUUCUGCGCGCAAGUCGGCAUUCGUUGUCCAGGGUCAUUACGGCUCUGGAGGCGAUUUAAAGCGUUAACCUCGGCUUCAUCAGUGGAGUGUGGAGAGCGUACAUACAUACGAGUCCAUCCACCUGCUUCUAGUUGCCGCUACCAACUGUUGGGCUUGAAAUAUUAAAAUGGGCUGCAGUUCGUCAAAAACGGUUCGCAACUCGCACGAGUCCCUUGCUACGGCUUCCAAAGUAACGUCCACCCCGACGCAAGAUGACGCAUUCAUUGAGGCCGUCGUGUGCCAGGAGACGGAUAUUGGCGAAAACCAGAUGAAACAGGUGGAGCUGGGCGAGGGCAAGGUGUUGUUGGUGCGACAGAACGGAAAACUGUCUGCUAUCGGUAGCAAAUGUUCGCACUAUGGUGCUAUGCUCGUUACGGGUGCACUUGGCGAGGGGCGGGUGCGCUGCCCGUGGCAUGGUGCCUGCUUCAACGUCGAAACCGGCGACAUCGAAGAUUUCCCGGGCAUGGAUUCAUUGCCUUGCUAUCGGGUGACCGUGGGAGACACGGGCGAGGUAACGGUGCGUGCCAAACGCUCCGAGCUGGCCACCAACAAACGAACGCGCGUGAUGGCCAAACGGGAGGCACACGACGAGCGUACGUACGUCGUCAUCGGCGGUGGACCGUCCGGGGCGACAUGUGCGGAAACGCUUCGUCAGGAGGGAUUCAGCGGCCGGGUAGUGCUAAUCAAUAAGGAACCCUGCCUGCCGUACGAUCGCAUUAAGGUGAGCAAGACGAUGGACAUGAACCUCGAGAAGUGCCUGCUUCGCACGCAACAGUUCUACGACGAUAGUGAAAUAGAGGUGAUGCUCGGCACGGAGGUAACCCAGCUGGACGGAGCCGGCCGCGAGCUUACCCUUGACAAUGGGUACAAGAUCCGCUUCGACAAGGCGUACAUUGCAACUGGCUCCAAACCACGCCGACCACCGAUCGAAGGGGCCUCGGAUCUACGUAAUGUGUGCGUGCUGCGUACGGCGGAGGAUGCGAAGGAGGUUAACGGACAGCUGGGACCGGAAAAGAAGGUCGUCAUAUUGGGAACCAGUUUUAUCGGGCUCGAAGCGGCGGCCUACUGUGUGGGCAAGGUCGCCAAAGUCACGGUGAUUGGGCGGGGAGCAAUUCCUCUCAAAGAAUCGUUCGGUGAUGCCAUCGGAAAGCGCGUGAUGGACCUGUUCCAGGAGAAGGGUGUGGAGUUUGUAAUGCAUUCCGGUAUCACGAGAUGCAUCGGGGAGGAAGGUGCCGUCAAACAGGUUGAGCUCAGCGAUGGAUCGCUUUUGGACGCCGAUAUCUGCAUUUUUGGCAUCGGAUCGACUUUGUAUACCGAGUUUUUGCAAAACUCUGGUAUCACCGUCAACCGCAACGGUUCCGUCAAUACUGACCAGUAUUUAGAGACGAAUUUGACGGGUGUUUACGUCGGUGGAGACAUUGCGAACGCUCCGGUUCUCUCAAACGAAGGCCUGCAGGCCACGAUUGGCCAUUAUUCACUGGCGCAGUAUCACGGCCGUAUCGCGGCCCUCAACAUGCUUGGCAAAGCUACUCUAUUGAAGGCGGUUCCCUUCUUCUGGACGGUUCUGUUUGGUAAGUCGUUCCGCUACUGUGGCUACGGUACACCGGAGGAGGUCAUCAUCGAUGGCGAUCUGGAAGCACUAAAGUUUGUGGCAUUCUACAUCGGCAAAGAGGGACGUGUGAUUGGAAUGUCAUCGUGCCAGCGCGAUCCAGUGGUGGCGCAGUUUGCCGAGUACUGCUCGCAGGGCAAAGUUCUGCACAAAAGCGACCUCUCGCCAAAUCCGUUGGCAUGGUUACCGGAACAGUCAUAGACUGCACCAAUGGUAUUAUUAGAGGAAAUUACGAUUGUCUAUUUCGUUGAACGAAACGUUAUUCAUUAUUUUUUGUAUCUAUUGUUAUCAUUUAUACACUAAACAAAGAAUCGUUUAAACGCAUAGCUGUAAGCACUUGUUGUACAAUAAAAUAUGUGCUCUUACUGUGUA